UAAGAACACUAAAAAUAAACAUUAACAUACCUUAGUUCUGUAUCUUCUACUUGAAAUUUCACAUUUUCUUCUGUUAAGUCUGAUAUGUGCACGGAUGGUUGAUUUGCGUAUGGCAUUUUAAAGAAAAUAUAUUUCAAAACUGAUACACUUAUGUAAAAUAUAGAAUACUUUCUAAACUUAUCAAUAAUUAUUAUAAGUUUCUAACUUAUUUUGAUCUCGUAAAUCUUUAUAACUUUUCCAAAUACUGCAACUCAAACAAACUUUAAUCCAAAAUUAUUUGAAGGUUAUGAUUCCUAACAGUACAGCCAAUCAUACAAAUAUAAUACUUAUAGUUCCAUUUUUUUCGGAAUUCUUUAUUUUGCUAAUAAUAUUAAAUAUGUUCAUAUAUAUAGAUCUAGAUCUAGAUGUAGAUAUUUGAACAGCACAUGUCCAAUAUUUUAAAAAGUAUAGCUUAUAAUAAUCAUAUGGUAACUAUGGAGAUCAUUUAUGUGUACAACAAAUAUCAUGUGCAAACGAUAUUAAUUUUAAAUGUUUAGUAAAAUAAAACUUAAAUUUUUUUAUGUAAAUUUCUUAUAAUAAAUAAUAAAAAAUAAGUUCAUAAAAUUAUAUUAUUAUAAAAUUCAAUAUUUAAGAUUUUACUAUGGAGAAAUAUAUUAUUUUGGAUAAAAUUGGUGAAGGUGCGCAAGGAUUGGUUUUAAAAGGAUAUCAUAGAUCUACUGAACAAGAAGUUGCAUUAAAAAGAAUACUUUUAAAAAAGGUAGAAGAAGGUAUAUCUGUAUCAGUUAUACGAGAAGUUAAAACGCUUCAACAGUUAAAACAUCCUUAUGUCAUAGAACUAUUAGAUACUUUUCCAUUAGGUUUAGAUUAUAUAAUGGUUUUUGAGUAUAUGCCUACAGGAUUAUGGGAAAUAUUAAAAGAUAAUAAUAUUUCAUUAACAAUACCACAAAUAAAAAUAUAUAUGAAAAUGCUUUUAGAGGGUAUAGCAUACGUACAUGGAAAAAAUAUAAUACACAGGGAUUUAAAACCUGCUAAUUUAUUGAUAAAUAAUGAAGGUAUUUUAAAAAUAGCUGAUUUUGGAUUGGGAAGAUUAAUGUGGCAAGAUAUUUCUAAACCAUAUUCUCACCAAGUUGCUACAAGAUGGUACAGAGCCCCUGAAUUAUUGUAUGGAGCAAGAUAUUAUACAUCAGCUAUUGAUAUGUGGUCUGUUGGUUGUAUUUUUGGUGAAAUGCUUAAUAAUUCACCUUUGUUUCCAGGAGAAACAGAUAUUGAACAAUUAGCAAUAGUAUUAAAAUAUUUAGGAUCUCCUACUGUUGAAUCAUGGCCAGAAUUGAUUACAUUACCUGAUUACAAUAAAAUUACAUUUCCAUAUAAUAAAGGUACAACGUGGGAAAACAUUAUACAGGAUGCUGAACCAGAAGCUAUUGAUUUAAUUAAACAAAUUCUUAUAUAUAAUUCAUCAAACCGUCUUUCUGCUAAAGAAACACUGCAACAUAUAUAUUUUUAUUCUAAACCUUAUCCAUCUGCAGGAGAUUUAAUAAAGCCAUCACAAGAUCAUCGACUUUUAGUAAAACCUAAAGAGGUUGAAGUUAGUAUCCCAAUAACAAGUCUUUUUAAAGCUCUUCUAAAUACUAUAUAAAAAUAUAGAUAUAUUUUUAAAAAUGAAUUAAGGAUAUAGUAUGUAUAUAGAAAAUACAAAAAUGUGGAAUGCUACUUUAAUAAAAAUAAUUUAUUUAUUAAACUAUA